AUGAGCGGUGCCAUGGCCAUUGAUCUUGUGCCCCCACGCGAAUACAGCACAGCAGGGCGGAAGUCUCCCGGCGUUGGUCGCUGCUGGCAGCUGCUGGCAAGAGUCGGUGGCACAAGUCGCGCCAGCGAUCAUGGACAGCCGGACGCAAACCUUGUUGGAGAGAAGAUUGGAAUUUGUCAGCCCCCGACGCCAGCCAGCUGCGCCGCCGUUUCCGGGGCACGUUACACCACAUCCGGGUGGGAACGGCGCUCACUCGCUGGCGCCAGGACGACGUCAAAGAAACCCCAACGCAGUCCUGCGCGCCGUCUCCCGUUCGCAUGUCCGCCCGAAUUGAUCGAGAAUCCCCACGCACCGCCAAUACGAAACGCACCCGCAAUCCCCGAGGGCACGCACGUCAAUCUCCCAGCGAUCAACCAGCCCAGUACGCUCGCUAAGCGGACCCUGCGUGGUGCGCGGCUGAGAGCGGACGGCGCUGCCGCGAAGGCUGGCGAGAGGGAGACGGGGGAGAGCCUGGGAGCUGGGCCCACCCUGCCCACGUCGUCCUCCCCGUCGGCGCCUGGGAGGUUCUUGUCCUGCACCUCUGCAUACUUGCGACUUUCGCGCCCGGAGUGUCGGUACUACCAUCGUUACGGAACUGCUGUGUUUGAGAGAGGUUUGGGGAUUUGAGUAUCUCACGGUUCCUCUUUUACUUGAGAAGUUUCACCUGCCGGCCUGAGUGAGUAAUCGCGAGGGGUUGCGCGUUAUCGGAGGGAGAAAGGACGAAAGGGUGGCUGGCUGUCCACGGGCUGGGACGAGACGGACGGC